AUGUGAAGUAAUGAGUGCAAUCCAAUCAGCGACGAAAACGCUAGCAUAAUAACUGCGUUUCCAUAAACGUUACCACAUAUGUGGAUGCCACAAAUGUUUCGCAGAAAUACACAGUCACCGGCACUGUAUAUCACAGAUAGAGCAACAUAAUUUCACAUAAUCCACACAAAUCCUUCGUGACGCGCUCUAAGCAGCCCACACAACGCCAUACGCACUCCACUCCACACACCUCAUCUCACCACAUCACUUGGCAUCGUUAGAGCGCUUGCUGCCUCAACAUGCACACAUUCAAUUUGGACACACACGCCUUCGCUUUGGUUGCCGUUAGCGCUACUUACCUGCUGUUUGCACUGCACACCUUGGCCUACAACGUAGACACAUUGACGCCCGCAGCCACCAGAGCUGCUGCUGCUGCAACAACAAACGCACCGCUUAUCACAGCGAAGCAAAGGCGACAAAAUCACACCGCACUGCUGGAUAUGUCGAUCGGCAUUGCGGUCGAUCCGCAAGUGAAUGCAACUGUGAUGGCGAUGGCAACGCGGGCGUUGAAAUCCAGUGGUGAUGGUAGUGGUGGUGGUGGUGGAAUUGUCACCUUUGGCCCUGACAGCGGAUAUGUGUACGAAGACCGGCAAGGUCAUGUUGUGAAGCGCGAGAACAUCGAAUACGAUUUGACCGGCUUGCGCGUGUACAAUGUGGGAGUGCUGAUGGCAUCGCACUUGGACUCGCCUUUCGAUCUGGAGCGCUGUGGUCCUGCCGUGGACUUGGCAUUGGAUGUAAUCAAUAGGGAGUUUUUGAAGCCGCAUAAAAUCAAAUUGCGCAAAGUGCAAGCAAGUUAUCCUUCCUGUUCUGGUGCCAAGGCCCCAGGUUUGGCUGCAGACAUGCAUUUUAAAGACGAUGUCAUAGCUUUUAUUGGACCUGCUUGCGCAUUUGCAUUGGAGCCGGUAGCGCGUUUAGCGGCCUAUUGGAAUUCACCCAUCAUCACCGGUAUGGGUGAUCAGCCACCAUCCGAUGACGAAUUAACGGUAACCUCAGGUAUCUUAGGAAAAAUUCACAAAUGGAAAAACGAGAGUACGGGCAUGUUCAAAGACAAAAGCAAAUAUCCCACACUUACACGCAUGUCAUAUUGUCAGUGUCGUCUUAAAUUGGUGUUUGCCAGCAUUUUUCGUCAAUUUAAGUGGAAACAUGUGGCAUUGAUCGUCGACCGCUCGGACCUUUUCUCACUAACUGUGGGCAAGAAUCUGGAGUAUGGAUUGCGGCAAGAGGGACUACUUAGUUUUGUACGUGAGCUGAAUGGCAACGAGCAAGAACCGUAUGAGAAUUACUUGCGGGAUGCGAGCAUGUAUGCGAGAGUGGUUAUUUUGUCAUUACGCGGCAUGUUAGUGCGUAAAUUUAUGCUUGCCGCCUAUUCACUGGGCAUGACGAAUGGCGAUUGGGUGUUUCUGGAUGUGGAAAUAUUUCAGAGUUCCUACUGGGGUGAUCACGAUUGGGAAAUGGGCGAUGCGUUGGAUAAUCAUGCACGAAAGGCCUACGAAGCGUUGUUGCGUGUUUCGCUGCUGCAACCCACCAAUCCGGAGUAUCAAGGCUUCGCCGAUAAAGUGCGCGUAAUGGCUAAGGCUUACAACUAUUCCUUUAGCGAUGGGGAAGAGGUUAACUUCUUCAUUGGCGCAUUUUACGAUGGUGUUUACUUGCUCGGCAUGGCCUUUAAUGAAACCCUUAGCGAGGGCGGUGACAUACGCGAUGGCAUGGCUAUAACACGACGCAUGUGGAAUCGUAAUUUUCAUGGUAUAACUGGUCAUGUGCGCAUAGAUGAUAAUGGUGAUCGUGAUGCCGAUUACUCUAUAUCCGAUUUGGAUCCGAUAAAUGGCAAAUUUGAGGUGGUGGCGCAUUAUUACGGACUUCAUCGCGAGUACUCAACCGUGGCUGGUAAAAAAAUUCACUGGCCUGGUGGACGCGAAGGUCCACCGCCGGAUGUACCGCGCUGUGGCUUUUUGGGCAAUGCGCCGGAAUGUCAUGGCAAUGAGUUAAUCAUCAUGUAUGGGACAUUUGCAUUUGCGAUUUUCUUCGGCUUUUCUUUCUUGGUGGUUUAUCUCAUGUGCAAACAAAUGAAACUCAAUAAUGAACUCAACAAUAUGUCUUGGCGUGUGCGUCCGGACGAGGUACUACUUGAGGUGGGACGGCUUCACGGUAGCAAAGUUGGUCUGCAAAAGCUCAAUGUGGAGAACUUCUCACUACAACAAUAUGAUAUACAUUCCGGUCGUGCCUCCAUCGCCAGCUGCACUUCGCUACCACUGACGCAGGUUUUCACCACCAUCGGUAUUUUCAAAGGUGAGCGCGUUGCCAUUAAGAAGAUACACCGCAAAAAGGUCGACAUCACACCGACGCUCUUGUGGGAGAUCAAGCAGGCGCGCGAUGUUAGUCAUGAGAAUACCGUACGUUUUGUGGGCGCAUGCAUCGAUUUGCCACGCCCUACAGUGCUAAUAUUAACAGAAUACUGUCCGAAAGGCAGCUUAAAGGAUGUGCUCGAAAACGAGGCAAUACAAUUGGAUUGGAACUUUCGCAUGUCACUCAUACAUGACAUCGUUAAGGGCAUGGCUUAUCUACAUAACAGUGAUGUGCAAGUGCAUGGAAAAUUGCGCUCGUGUAAUUGUCUAAUUGAUGGUCGCUUCGUGUUGAAAAUCUCAGAUUUCGGUUUGCGUUCGUUGACCACGCCAUCGGAGUUCGUAAAGGAUCAGAAUUAUUUUAAUAAGUUUCUCUGGAUUGCGCCAGAAUUGUUACCGUUGACCGUGCUACCCGGUAAUCCGGCUACACAGAAGGGCGAUGUCUACUCGUUUGCAAUUAUUUUGGAGGAAAUUGUCGUGCGUGGUGGACCUUAUGAAAUGAUACGCCAAUUCAUGGAUGUACAAAAUAUAUUGAAUCGCGUCGAGGCUCACGAAUCGCCACCAUUUCGCCCAUUUGUGGGUCAACUCGACUGUCCACCGGAUGUGCUUGAUUUAAUGGAGAAGUGUUGGGCUGAUAAUCCAGAAGACAGACCGGCAUUCGCUACAAUCAGAUCAACGGUGCGUCUAAUUAUGAAAGGCUUUUGUGAAAACCUAAUGGAUGACUUGUUGCGUCGCAUGGAACAGUAUGCCAACAAUUUGGAAAGUUUAGUCGAAGAGAAGACCGAACAGCUGAGCAUGGAAAAACGUCGUACCGAAGAGUUACUGUACCAAGUACUACCGAGACCCGUGGCAACACAACUGCUCGCCGGCGAAAUGGUACAACCUGAACAAUUCGAAUGUGUUACCAUAUAUUUCAGUGACAUCGUUGGUUUUACGGCGCUAUGCGCAGAAAGCGGUCCGAUGGAGGUGGUCGCCUUUCUCAACGAUCUCUACAGCACAUUUGAUCGCAUUAUCGGUUUCUACGAUGUGUAUAAGGUCGAAACAAUUGGCGAUGCUUAUAUGGUAGUUUCUGGUCUACCCGAACGCAACGACGAUCAUGCACGUGAAAUAGGUCUAAUGUCACUCGCCAUCUUGGAUGCUGUCAAGUCGUUCACCAUACGUCACAAACCGGAUUAUCAGCUAAAAAUAAGAAUUGGCAUACAUGCGGGACCAGUUUGUGCCGGAGUUGUGGGUCAAAAGAUGCCACACUAUUGCCUUUUUGGCGAUACUGUUAAUACGGCUUCGCGCAUGGAGUCAGCGGGAUUACCGCUGAAAAUUCACGUAUCCUCAGCGGCUAAAAUGAUUUUCGACAAAUUUGGCACUUUCCAAAUGGAAUUACGUGGCGAUGUGGAACUAAAAGGUAAAGGUACCGUGACCACUUAUUGGCUUUUGGGUUGCACCGAACCGGAUCCACGUCCACCAACGCCACAAAAGAACAAUAACGGUGAGGUACCAUUCCCCAUACUCUUUCCAGCGAUUGGGAAAUAGCUCUCAACAACUGAAGAGCAAGAAGGUGGGAACUCUGAAUUUUGAAAAAAAAGCUCAAUUGUUACCUGUUCAUCGCAUGGGUUUAUAGACACAAAUUUAUAAGUAGCAUUAAGUAAACAAUUGUAUAAAUAUAUGUACUUCUGUUGGAGAGUUAGUACUUCGACAGCUCUACUCCAAUUUGAAUUAUUCAUUCCAGUACAAGUCUAUAUGUACCUAAAAUUUUAUAUUAUUGUCUAGUGAAAUCAUAUAUAAAUUAUUUUAUGAUUCAACUAUUUACUGUUAUAUGUACCGUAGUGUUUGAUUGUAAGUUUCGGAGUAUUGAGCUUAUAUGGGAUGAGUUCUGAAACUGUAAAGAGUCAUAUUUGGUUUAAUGGAAUCUUCAUUAUAUUGUCUUGUAUGAGGUGGCAGCGGAAUACAAAGUGCUCAAGUAGAGAGUAAUGGAUUUUAAGAUAAUGGUUAUAUGUAAAAUAUUUAAUACUCUUUUUCCAAGGAGUACAACAGAGAGCUCGUUUAGAAAAAUAUUUUCAAUAUUUAUGCAUGAGCCUGAGAGUAUGGAAUUAAGCUAGUCAAUAAACAUAUAAUUGUGAAU